CCAAACUCAUCCAACCAUGUCUUUAUGGAGCUUUGCUUUGUGCACUGGGGCACAGUCAUGCUGGAAUAGAAAAGGGCCUUCAACAAACUGUUGCCACAAAGUUGGAAGCAUGCAGUCAUAGAUAAAUUAUUAGACCACCCUCGUUUUCUUCAAUUUCUUGUUCAUUUUAAUGUCUGAUACCACUAAAGGUACAUUACCUGAAGAAUGCAAUGAACACGACAAAAAGUGCAGCUGAUUCCAUAAUACUUUCUGUCCUAUUCGACAUGCUUAAGCUUAAUUGUAUUCCCAGGGUAUAUAAAAGGCCAUUUCAUGUCAUAAGCAGCACUGCACAUGCAAAGGUCUAGAGUGGUUUCCUGCUUACAUUCAAGCCAUAGCACAACUCAGAAGUUGUCAGAAUUAUGUGAAGCCACAAAGGCAGCCAUCUUGGCACUGCUGGAAAUUGGUAUGAGUGAGAGACAGGUAACCAAAAAACUGAAGAUGUUCAAGACAUGUUGAUGAUUGGGCUAAGUUUCUCUUCAGUGAUGAAUCCAAUUUUGAGUUGAUGCCCACUCCACUCAACUUACUGGUUAGGAGGAAGCCUGGAGAAGCCUACAAACCAGGCUGUCUUGCCCCUACAGUAAAACAUGGGGGUGGAUCGGUGAUGAUCUGGGCUUGUUUCAGUAUGGGUGGAACAGGGCAAAUGCAAUUGUGUGAAGGACGAAUGAACCAGGUCAAGUACAGGGCUGCUCUUGAAAACAGUCUUCUUCCAUCAGCUGAAAAACUUUUUCCUGUCUCGAAUGACUGCAUUUUCCAACAAGACAAUGCCCUUUGACACACGGCAAGGUCAGUUAAAGCCUGGAUGGAGAACUGGAACAUUCGAACCAUGCCUUGGCCUGCUCAAUCACCAGAUCUAAUUCCAAUUGAAAACCUGUGGAACAUCAUCAAACUCAAAAUGGAGAACCACAAGCCCAAAAACAAAGAAGAUUUGUUUGAAUUUUCGCAACAGGAAAGGGCUGCUGUGACAGCAGAACAAUGUCAGAAGCUGGUGGAGAGCAGGCCAAGACGCAUGGCUGCAGUCAUCGAAAACAAUGCUUAUGCAAUCAAGUACUAACUCCUGUGUGUCUCAUGUGACUGACAGACAGAAAAGAAAACAUGGACUGCCUAAAAGCACUGACAGUACAAUGCCAUAGCUAUUGAUGUAAGAACUCAAGUGAUUUUGGUUAUUAUCAAGAAAACCAUGGAAAAUGGCUACAUAAUAGCUCUUAAAUUAAACUCUUAUGAGCUAUUUUUGUUGUUAUCAUUAUAUUUGUCCAAACAAAUGUACCUUUAGUGGUACCAGGCAUUAAAAUGAACAAGAAAUUGAAGAAAACAAGGUUUCCAUGAGUGUAGCGUUGUCAAAAAUGUCUUGGUAUGCUGAAGCAUUAAGAUGAGAGGUGUGUCCCGAUACUUUUGUCCAUAUAGUGUAUGUUCUUCAUCACUCUUGUAUCUAAUAUGCCACUGGAAUCAGAAGAUGAUGAAAAAUUGAAAUCUUUUCAUCUGAAGUGGACAUAAACAUCUUUCCAUUGACUUUGUAUUCAACUGUGCUGCCUCUAAAAUUCAGUCUGCAUUCUGUCUGAACACACAGUGCAAUAGCCAGGAAGCUGAAGCUCUUGUUUUUUAACAUAAUAAAAUGGGUUUCUUGUCACAGUUAGUCUUUUCCUUGGUUUGAAACAAUUUGGCUUCUGUUUCCUCAUUCACAUUUGAGUAUGAAGACACCUCAACAUUUCCUUCGCAUGUGAGAAAGCUGAACCCAAAAACAAUCGGAAGAAACUACAACCUGAAGAUGUGUUUGUUCUGGAGGAGGCCAGAACAAACAGACCAACUGGUCAGCAGGUCAGAUUCAACCUGUGGUUCUUGUUUCAGCCACUAGAUGGAGGCAGAACUUCAGUCUUGCCCAAAGAAGAAGCAGAUCAUCUGGAUCAUCUGGAUCAUGGUCUGGGUCAUCUUUUUACAUUUUGUCAUUAACAUCUGUGGUUCUGUGGGUGAAAAUGGUCAGAAAUCUGGAGUCAGGAGAAAAGGUCACAGAUGCCAAAAGAUAAGGAACACUACCUGUGCAGGUUGACUGAAGGCUGCUUGUUUUUUGAUGAUGAAUUUAUCAUUUUCUAGAAUGAGAAGUCGUUGGUUUGAGUGGAUUGUUUUAGUUCUUGGCAGCACUUUGUGUCUGUACAAAAACAAGCCUAAGCUUGACUGAGUUUGGAGAAACUUUUAGACUUUUGGCGUUCAAAGAAAACGACCCCAGAACUCAUCGAGCCUCUCUGUCUGUGGUUUUAUAUUGAAAGGUAACUUCCUUUUAACAGGUGUCUGGUUUGUUUUAUUGUGAAGGUUGUGAGCGGAAGUGGUAUGGUUUGUGCUGCCUGACUUGAAGGUGUUUCUGUGAGAAAACUUACUGCAGGCACACAGAGGGCUUCUGUGUGAAGAUGAUGACAUUGUGAAGGAUAAACUACCCGUUUAUCUGCCUCUUCAGCCAGUCAGAACUCCGUUAUAAAUCCUGUCGAUUUUAACCACGGCGGCUAACUGACCUGUAAACCUGACGGCAGGCUUAGCCAGCCGGCCAGAGUGCCGCCGAGCAAACCGCUCCAAGCUAAUGAACCAGCCUGGCCGUGGCAGGACUCCACUGCAGCACCACAGCCAGCCAAUCACCAGGGGCCAUGUGGACCAGAGGGCAGUUCGCCGGCCUCUGCCAGCCAGUAAGGGGGUGGAGCUGUCGCCAGAGAUGGGGAUGAUUUUUAACAAGGCAGAUCAGGAGGUGAGGGACACCGGUUACCAUCGACAUGCCUUCAAUGUCCUGAUCUCUACCAGACUGGGAUAUCACCGAGAGCUGCCCGACACCAGAGACUCCCAGUGUCGGGAUAAGGUGUAUCCUCUGGCUCUGCCUUCUGCCAGCGUAGUGAUCUGUUUUUUCAAUGAGGCCUUCUCCGCCCUGCUCCGGACCGUCCACAGCGUGUUGGACCGCACGCCGGCCUACCUGCUGCACGAGAUCAUCCUGGUGGACGACCACAGCGAGCUUGAGGAGCUGAAGGACGACUUGGAUCGGUACGUCAGGCAGGAGCUGGAGGGCAAAGUGAAACUGGUGAGGAACCAGAGGAGGGAAGGACUCAUCAGAGGACGCAUGAUAGGAGCCUCACAUGCUACUGGUGACGUGCUGGUCUUCUUGGACAGUCACUGCGAGGUGAACCAGGUGUGGCUGCAGCCUCUGCUGGCUCCCAUCCUGAAGGACCGCCACACGGUCGUCUGUCCCGUCAUCGACAUCAUCUCAGCCGACACCCUGUCCUACUCACCCUCACCCAUCGUCAGGGGAGGCUUCAACUGGGGGCUGCACUUCAAGUGGGACCCUGUGCCCCCCUCCGAGCUCAGCAGCCCGGAGGGAACCACUGGACCAAUCAGGUCUCCCACCAUGGCAGGCGGUCUCUUCGCCAUGAACAGGAAGUAUUUCAAUGAGCUUGGCCAGUAUGAUCCUGGCAUGGACAUCUGGGGCGGGGAAAACCUGGAGAUCUCCUUCAGGAUCUGGAUGUGCGGUGGUCAGCUGCUCAUCAUCCCGUGCUCCAGAGUCGGUCACAUCUUCAGGAAGAGGAGACCCUACGGCUCCCCAGGGGGGCAGGACACCAUGGCCCACAACUCCCUGCGGCUAGCGCACGUAUGGAUGGAUGAGUACAAGGAGCAGUAUCUGUCUCUGCGUCCAGAGCUGCGUGACCGCAGUUAUGGUGAUAUCAGCGAGCGCGUGGCGUUGAGGAAGCAGCUGCAUUGUCACUCGUUCCGCUGGUAUCUGGACACCGUCUACCCUGAGAUGCAGACCGUCGCCGGCGGCAGCAAGCAGCAGCAGCAGCAGCCGUUGUUCAUCAACAAGGGCCUGAGACGACCCAAAGUUCUGCAGAGAGGAUGGCUUCGUAACCUAGCAACUGGGCGGUGCCUGGUGGCCCAGGGCAGAGCCAGUCAGAAGGGCGGAGCUGUAAUCCUGCGACCAUGUGACCACCGAGACCCUGAACAGGACUGGACCUAUGAUGAAGAGGGUCAGCUGGUCCUGGCAGGUUUGCUGUGUCUGGACGUGUCAGAAGUGAGGACCUUCGACCCACCCAGACUGAUGAAAUGUCACGGCUCGGGGGGGUCGCAGCAGUGGAGCCUGGGGAAAUCUAACCGUCUCUAUCAGGUCUCGGUGGGUCAGUGUCUCUCUGUUGCUCAGCCAAUCGGGCCCAAGGGUUACGUCUCCAUGGCGAUCUGUGAUGCCUCGCAGGCGCAGCAAUGGCAGCUGGAGAGCUGAGGAGAGUGAUGUCACACCUCUAUGAAGACAGACAGAUGGACUGACCGACAGGCGGACGUCUUCAGUCCAGUUUUAAAGACAAUCAUGUUUCACUGAAGAGGCUUUUUUGUGUUUUUACUGUUUUAGUUUUUCUCAGGACGAACUUUUAUCAACCAGCAGGUUUCAUUUAGUCUUCGUGUUUUUAAAGAUUUUCUUCCAGGAAGGACUGGGAGACCCCGACGAGGCUGGAAGGAGACGGUCUGUUGAUUUUCAGGUCAUGAUGACCUCAAAAACUUCCUGGAGUUGACGUGACAAAGGAACUCGUCGCGUUCUCUCUUUGUGCUUCUUUUGAACGACUCGUCGACGUGCAGAUGUGCCACACCUGCAUGACGUCAGCUGAUGUCUUCGUUUUCCUCGUGAGCCUGAAGCUUUUUUUGUCAUUUCAUCAUCAAUAAACCUUUGAGUCAUGAAGGGUAAA